CUGAUAUGGUUGACUAUGCUUUUUCUUUUUUUGGCAGAUAAAAAUUUUGAUGAUGAAGACUCUGUGGAUGGGAACAGACCUUCCUCAGCUAACUCCUCUACGUCUUCAAAGGCCCCUGCAAACUCACGUAGAGUUGGAAUGGGGACUACUCGCAGACUUGGGUCUGCAGCUCUGGGAUCCAAGUCCUCAACAGGCAAAGAGGGAGCAGGUGCUGUGGAUGAAGAAGACUUCAUUAAGGCAUUUGAAGAUGUCCCAACAGUUCAAAUUUAUUCUAGCCGGGAUCUUGAGGAAUCCAUAAACAAAAUAAGAGAGAUACUAUCUGAUGAUAAACAUGACUGGGAACAGAGAGUAUCUGCUUUGAAAAAGAUCCGCUCCUUACUGUUGGCUGGAGCUGCAGAAUACGAUAACUUCUUCCAACACUUACGGCUCCUGGAUGGAGCAUUUAAAUUAUCUGCUAAAGACUUGCGAUCUCAGGUGGUGCGGGAAGCUUGUAUCACACUGGGACAUUUAUCAUCAGUUCUGGGAAACAAGUUUGAUCAUGGGGCAGAAGCCAUUAUGCCAACAAUUUUUAAUCUAAUUCCAAAUAGUGCCAAAGUCAUGGCCACUUCUGGUGUUGUAGCAGUUAGAUUAAUCAUUCGACAUACACACAUCCCCCGACUAAUACCCAUCAUAACCAGUAAUUGUACCUCCAAGUCUGUGGCAGUUAGAAGGCGCUGUUUUGAAUUUUUAGACCUGCUGCUGCAAGAGUGGCAAACCCACUCCCUAGAAAGACACAUAUCGGUGUUAGCUGAAACAAUAAAGAAGGGAAUUCAUGAUGCAGACUCUGAAGCCAGGAUAGAAGCAAGAAAGUGUUAUUGGGGUUUCCACAGUCACUUCAGCAGAGAAGCAGACCAUUUGUACCACACCUUGGAGUCCUCCUACCAGAAGGCCCUGCAGUCGCAUUUGAAGAACUCUGACAGCAUCGUGUCCUUGCCACAGUCAGAUCGCUCCUCCUCCAGCUCCCAGGAGAGUCUCAACCGUCCACUGUCUGCCAAAAGAAGUCCUACUGGAAGUACUACAUCAAGAGCAUCUACAGUAAGUACAAAAUCUGUGUCAACACCAGGAUCUCUGCAGCGAUCCCGCAGUGACGUUGAUGUGAAUGCAGCAGCUAGUGCCAAGUCGAAAGUGACAUCUUCUGGAGCAUCCACCCCCUUCAGUUCUGCUGCAGCCCUGCCCCCAGGCUCAUAUGCAUCACUAGAUGGUACUACCACUAAAACUGAGGGUCGGAUUCGUACAAGGAGGCAGAGCUCUGGCAGUGCCACCAGCGUCACCUCGACACCUGCUGAUACUCGAGGCCGCAGCCGGGCUAAAGUGGUUUCCCAGUCCCAGCGAUCCAGAUCAGCUAAUCCUGCUGGUGCUGGUAGUCGCUCUAGUUCUCCGGGUAAGCUGUUAGGAAGCACCUAUGGUGGCUUGAGCAGUGGAACAUCCAGAGUUCAACCUGUGCCAUCGUCUUCAGAGAAGCGCAGCAAGAUCCCUCGGAGCCAGGGAUGCAGUCGAGAGACGAGUCCCAACAGAAUAGGACUAGCACGGAGCAGUCGUAUCCCCCGACCCAGCAUGAGUCAGGGGUGCAGCCGUGAUACCAGCCGUGAGAGCAGUCGAGAUACAAGCCCUGCUCGGGGCUUUCCUCCACUUGACCGGUUUGGACUCGGACAGUCAGGCAGGAUGCCUGCUUCUGUGAAUGCCAUGCGAGUCCUGAGCACAAGCACAGACCUGGAGGCCGCUGUGGCUGAUGCACUGCUGUUAGGAGACUCCAGGAGCAAGAAAAAGCCAGUGAGAAGAAGAUAUGAACCCUAUGGGAUGUACUCUGAUGAUGACGCUAACAGUGAUGCAUCAAGCGCUUGCUCCGAGCGCUCCUAUGGUUCCAGGAACGGAGGCAUUCCACACUAUCUGCGGCAGACCGAAGAUGUGGCCGAGGUCCUGAACCACUGUGCCAGCUCCAACUGGUCUGAAAGGAAGGAGGGCCUCAUAGGUCUCCAGAACUUAUUGAAAAGCCAGCGGACACUGAGCCGAGUGGAAUUAAAAAGGCUGUGUGAAAUAUUUACUCGCAUGUUUGCUGACCCUCACAGCAAGAGAGUCUUCAGCAUGUUUCUGGAAACCCUUGUUGAUUUCAUCAUCAUUCACAAAGAUGACUUGCAGGAUUGGCUUUUUGUUCUCCUGACACAGUUGCUGAAGAAAAUGGGAGCAGAUUUGCUGGGAUCUGUGCAGGCGAAAGUUCAGAAAGCUCUGGAUGUCACCAGGGAUUCUUUUCCAUUUGAUCAACAAUUUAACAUUUUGAUGAGGUUUAUUGUGGAUCAGACCCAAACACCAAACCUCAAGGUGAAAGUAGCUAUCCUGAAAUAUAUUGAGUCCUUGGCAAGACAGAUGGAUCCGACGGACUUUGUGAACUCUAGCGAGACAAGACUUGCUGUGUCUAGAAUUAUAACUUGGACAACAGAACCAAAGAGCUCAGAUGUGAGAAAGACCAUGCAUAGUUGGGUAGGUGAGGAUUUGCCAGCUAGGACAACUACAGCUUCCUCAGGGCCCGGUGAAGGAAACUUGGAAGAAAAAUGUAAACAGGCAGCACAAAUAGUCCUGAUUUCUCUCUUUGAACUGAACACUCCCGAGUUUACCAUGUUACUUGGUGCCUUGCCAAAAACAUUCCAGGAUGGUGCUACCAAGCUGCUGCACAACCACCUCAAGAACUCCAGUAACACCAGUGUGGGUUCCCCCAGCAAUACUCUUGGUAGGACUCCCUCUCGGCACUCCAGCAGCAGAACCAGCCCCUUGACUUCACCUACCAACUGUUCUCAUGGUGGGCUGUCUCCAAGUCGGUUCUGGGGUUGGAGUGCAGAUGGGCUGUCGAAGCACCCCCCUCCCCUUUCUCAGCCUAACUCCAUCCCCACCGCUCCUUCCCACAAGACUUUCAGACGCUCUUAUUCUCCCAGUAUGCUGGAUUAUGACACGGAGAACCUAAAUUCUGAUGAAAUCUACAGCUCUCUUCGUGGAGUCACAGAAGCAAUUGAGAAGUUUAGUUUCCGUAGCCAAGAGGACCUGAAUGAACCAAUCAAACGUGAUGGGAAGAAAGACUGUGACAUGGUGUCUCGAGAUGGUGGCCUUGCAGUACCUACCAGUGAUGUCCGAGGAGGCAGUGAUACUGUAGAAGGAGGAAGGAUGGCUCUAGAUAACAAAACCUCCCUACUUAACACACAGCCACCCCGCGCCUUUUCAGGGCCACGUGCUCGAGAGUAUAACCCCUAUCCUUAUUCUGACACAAUUAACACUUACGACAAGACUGCCCUCAAGGAAGCAGUUUUUGAUGAUGACAUGGAUCAGCUUCGGGAUGAAGUACCCAUUGACCAUUCAGAUUUGGUGGCUGAUCUUCUGAAAGAGCUCUCUAAUCACAAUGAGCGGGUGGAGGAGCGGAAAGGAGCUCUCCUGGAACUGCUGAAAAUUACAAGGGAGGAUAAUCUUGGAGUUUGGGAGGAACAUUUCAAAACCAUUCUGCUCUUGCUCCUGGAAACACUUGGAGACAAAGAUCAUUCAAUACGAGCCUUGGCACUGCGAGUCCUUAGAGAAAUUCUACGGAAUCAGCCAGCAAGGUUCAAAAACUACGCAGAGUUGACCAUCAUGAAGACACUGGAAGCACACAAGGAUUCCCACAAGGAGGUCGUCAGAGCUGCUGAGGAAGCUGCUUCUACCCUGGCAAGCUCCAUCCACCCUGAGCAAUGCAUCAAGGUGCUUUGCCCCAUCAUUCAGACUGCAGAUUAUCCAAUUAAUUUAGCUGCCAUCAAGAUGCAGACAAAGGUCAUUGAGAGGAUUUCCAAGGAAUCAUUGCAUCAACUCCUUCCUGAUAUUAUUCCUGGAUUGUUACAGGGUUAUGAUAAUACAGAGAGCAGUGUCCGUAAAGCUAGUGUAUUUUGUCUGGUGGCAAUUUAUUCAGUAAUUGGUGAAGAACUGAAACCUCAUCUCGCACAACUCACAGGAAGCAAGAUGAAGCUACUAAACUUGUACAUAAAGAGGGCCCAAACUACCAACAGCAACAGCAGCUCCUCUUCAGAUGUUUCAACGCACAGUUAAUGGAGAUAUGUGGACAUAUGUGUAGACUUAGAAGCAAUCAACGGUGCCUCUCAGAGACCUUUCUGCUACUCUUCACUGGCGCACUUCAUCAGCUAAAGGAGGCCAUGCAGAUAUUUAUUGCAAUCAGUAUUCUAGUCCCUUAAAGCUUUCAUGUAAAAACCUUACUGGUAUUGAAUGUAAAGGAAGCAAGGUCUGUGUUGCAGUCUUCAUUAAAAGUGAACAACAGAAAGCCAUACUUAAACAUAUUGUAUAGCCUGCUGAAAUCUUGGAAAUAUGUUUAGGUUAGCAUUCCAAAAGAGUCAAAAAACCUGGACACGCGUAAAAGUUAAACAAAUCUUGGUUUAGUUCAUACCCAGUUUUGGUUUCUGUGCGCUAGUUACUGCUCUUUCCCUGUGGCCGCAGCCUUUCUGGCUAGGAUCUCCUCUUACAAGUCCUGUGGUCCUGUUUUGUACUUCCUAUCGCAGCUUGCCUAAUGUGCAGGGUUCUCCACGAGGAGAUCUUUGCUGAUGUGGCUGUGGUUCCAGCCUCUAAUGCUUUAAUACUGAGAUAUCAAGUGAGUAAUGAAAAAGUAGGUUCUUUU